GAAAUCCUAUCAAUACCCCUAGUGGCUAUCCACACUGACUGAUCUAUAUUUAGCCAGCAUUGGAGCUAUGAAAUAUGUGCAAUUUGAAAGAAAAAUAACUUUUUGACACUUCUUUCUAACGAUAAUAGGAUUAGCAAUCUGGGAGUUGUAAUAACUAACUUCAAUAUUUCUUAAUUUUGCUUUCUAUAUAUACAAUGUGUGUCUGUACAGAACUGGGAUUUUUGCAAGUCAUUUCAGAAUACAGGUUGGUUAGGCCUUGACAUUUUAUCUUAGAGAAAGUCUCCUAUCACAAGUGAAUCUUAUCUAACUGUUUAAAGUUCACUGUAAUAUGUAGUAGCUGGUGGGUGGGAUAUUGAGAUUGUCAUGUGAAGUGUAUGUUUAAUACAAUUGGUUUACCUCCUUUAUACAUGUAGUAUGCACUUACCAAAAUUCGCUAAAAAAUAGGUCAAUAUCUACUUUGAACAUGUGACCUGUGAGUUCGCUCUUUAUAUUUUCUAAAGACUGAGUUCAGUAUUUGUGUUCUCCUCAAGACUGUUCUCUCAGCUGUCUACAAUGGUAACCUUACAAAUUCCCUCAGAGUAUGGCUAUGUUAUUCUUGUGUCAGUUAUAUCAGUUUUUGUUAACAUAUGGAUGGCAAUGAAGGUUGGCAGUGCUAGAAAAAAGUAUGGAAUUAAGUACCCCGUUAUGUACAGUGAAUCCAACAAUGUCUUCAACUGUAUUCAGAGAGCUCAUCAAAACUUUUUAGAAAAUUUCACACAGUUUCAAGUUUUACUGCUCCUAGGUGGAAUUCAUUAUCCUCAACUUGGAGCAGCUGCAGGGUUGGUUUGGUUACUUGGGAGAAUAGUGUAUGCUAUUGGAUACUCUACAGGAGAUCCACAGAAAAGACUGCAAGGAGGAUUUCAGUAUCUUGGACUUUUAUUUCUACUGUUUAGCACUGUACGUCUGGGUGUGGGCCUUCUUGGCUGGGUGUAGCAAAUGGUGCAUUUCAGAAGUGAUUUAGACAGCUGAACCACCUAUUUUAAACCAUAAGAUCAAAUGUUACAGUUAAUCAUGGUGUUAUUUUCUGCUUAAAUACAAAUAAACAGAUCUGCAGCACAAUAUUUUCAGCAAUGAAUUUCAUUUUAAGAAAAA